AUGUUUUACAUCGAGGGCCGCUUCUACAUCGACGGGGCCGAGGACCUGUCCGAGCCGGCCCGCACGAGGGCGGCUGCACGGUACCUCUUCACGCACGACGGCGACUGCGAGCACGCCAUCGUCUUCGAGUGCGGCCUCGCCUCCGAGCGGGACGAGCUGCGGCCCGAGCGGUACCCGCUGCUCUGCUACCGCUCAAAGGACGCGACGGAGCGCUGCUCCGUCUGCAACCUCGCCGCGACGCACGAGGUCGCCGGCUGCGCGACCGCAGACACCUUCCCGCUCUACCUGUGCAAGGACUGCCGCUCAGAGUACUUUUUCGACGCGAAGGGCUACUUGCGCCCCUCGAUGGCGGGCUUCAGCGAGUGGCCGCUGCACCAGCGGCCUACGCUCGCGCUCGGCGGCGACGGCGGCGACGAGCCAGAGACGGGGCCCGUGCUCGCCGAGGCGGUGGCCGAGUGA